GUUAGACUAUCUUGGAGAUGCUUUAUCUAGGCCUGUAAAUGCGUAUAUUUGUAUAUGUAUGUACAUACAAACAUUAUCAACUAAGGGGUAAGAUAGUCAGGAAGUUUUUUGCAGUGAACUGUUGAAAAUAAUUAGUUUUCGAAAAUAUAGCAUUUGGAUCGAAUGGCUACUCAAGAAGUAACAGAAUUUCAGUUUUCAGAUGACGAUGAAAACUUCAUAAAUAAGGACACAUCUUGGGGUCAGCUUUUACCUCUUGGAAUAUAUUUUUAUGCCAUUGACUUAGUGAAAGAGAAAUACAUUUUUGGCAGAGGGGAAGACUGUGAUUAUUGUUUUGGGACCUUUGGCCAGCUAAGAAACCAUCCAAGUUUCUUGUCCUACAGUAAUAAUCAUUUUAUUUUGACUCGGGAGAAAACUAGCACAGGUACAUUUACAUUCCUUGAGGAUCUUAGCAGCAACGGCACCUUUGUUAAUGGGGUGAAAGUAGGAAAAUUCAAAAAGCAGGUGCUUAAUAACAAUGAUGAAAUUUCCUUUCUACACAAAAAAAAUAAAGCUUUUUUAUACAUGGACCAUACAAAUGGGGACCAGUUUCCAAAUGAACUUACAGAACAUUAUACAAUUUCAAAGAUGAUUGGAAGGGGGGCCUGUGGAGAGGUGCGGCUAGCCUUUACAAAAGGCACGUGUAGAGCUGUAGCAGUUAAAAUAGUCUCUAAGAAGAAGUUUUCUGUUACUAAUGGAAAAAAACAGAACCAAAUUCCGAAAGAUGUAAUGAAUGAAGUCCAAGUAAUGAAAGAUCUCAAACAUCCAUGCAUUAUUAAAGUAGAAGAAGUGAUUGAUACAUCAGACACACUUUAUAUUGUAUUGGAAUACAUGAAAGGAGGGGAACUGUUUGACAGGGUUGUAACUGAGGAGAAGCUGGACGAAGCUUCGGCUAAACUUUUGUUUUACCAGAUGGUAGUUGCUGUAAAGUACCUUCAUGAACAAGGUAUUACUCACAGAGACCUAAAGCCAGAAAACGUAUUACUAUCAUCCGAAGAACGUAAAACUGUUAUUAAAGUAACAGACUUUGGUUUGUCAAAGUUCGUUGAUGCUAAUACUAUGUUGAAGACGUUCUGUGGAACUCCAACAUACCUUGCUCCAGAAAUUCUUUUAACGGCUGGAAGUGGAAAAUACACCAAAGCUAUUGACUGUUGGAGUUUAGGUGUUAUUCUUUUUAUUUGGGAAGAAAAGUUAAGGUACAAGUACAUUCUGAUAAUGUUUACAUAUAAUUUUAGGGAAGAAAAGUUAAGAAGUUGUUCAGAGUUAAAACCAGGCUGGCAAGAUCAGUUAUUGUUUGAGAUUCUGGUUGUUUGGAAAGAUUUAAUGCAGACUUUAGAGUUUGUAGUCCUUCAUCAUGUGGAAUAUUGGUCUAUUGACUUGAUCAAAAAGCUUCUGACAGUGGAUCCCGAGAAAAGAAUUACUCUGGAACAAGCACUGAACCACAAUUGGUUGAAAGAUGAAGACAUCAUUGCUAAAGCACAAAGGUUAAUGUAUCCAGAUGCUGUAAAGAUGCUUCCUCCACGCAACCAGAGAAAACGCUCAUAUCAAACAAGUUCUGGAGAAGACUUAAAUAAUGAAGCUAUCCAGAAUGGUGAGGAAAGCCCAUCAACCAAGCGAAGCAUGUUUCCCUUUACUGGUUGACAGAGAAACUGGGAAAAUUGUCUAAACCUCUAUUGAAGGGUGUCUUUAUGUGGCAUUUAAAUCUAACUUAAAGAAUAGUCCAAAGUUUUUAUAACAAGAAAUACAUAGAGUAAGACAUUACAUCAGGCCUGUAUAAGUUCAGCUGAUUGAAUUUGCAAGUUUAUACCAUAGCUGUCGAUGUCUUGUUGGUAUAGAGACAUUUUCAGAGUCGGGUAAUUAAUAUAAAACAUAAAACUUCCGAGAAAAGUGUUGGUCUGAGGAGUGUUAUGAUUAUUAUAGUACAUAAAACUUCCGAGAAAAGUGUUGGUCUGAGGAGUGUUAUGAUUAUUAUAGUAUAUAAAACUUCCGAGAAAAGUGUUGGUCUGAGGACUGUUAUGAUUAUUAUAGUACAUAAAACUGCUGGGAAAAGUGUUGACCUCAUUUUAACCAAAUGUUCUACAAAUUAUAAAAGUGUGCUAGUGAUUAGGCAUGCACUCUAAUCCUGCUUAAAAACAAGAAAGGAGCUUCAUCUUACCGUAGAAAAAAAAUGUCAACUUAGUGCAUACUGUUAAUGUUGGACUACUAAAACUGUAAGUAGAAGAACAUCAGUUUACUCGACUAUUUUAACAGUGUGGUAGUUUUAAGAAGUCAACUUGAACAGAGCUGAUAUCGGAGAGUAUUAUUGAUUAGAAUAAUACAAUAUUAUUGAUUAGAACAAAAACGGUAUUAUUGAUUAUAGUAAUCAAGAUAGUAUUGUUACAAUGUUGAAGGUAUGCUGACUCUGAUUAGAAUAUUGUUAUAAAUAUAAGAAGUGUUAUAGUUUCAUAUGUGCCUUUGUUUUUUUAUGAAGUUUAUAAAAAGAAAAGGUAAUUUUUUGUGUUUAGCUUGAGCUUUAUUUCUUCAGGUUGACUACUUUACUUAUUCUACUGUACAUUGUAUUUUCUACAACUAGCAGUGUGGUAUCAAAUAAUACCACCUCUAGUCAUCUGGUGACUAAUAAACAACUUAAAUUUGAUUUGAUUAUGAGAGCUUUUAAAAUGUUUUACAUUUAGCAUUCUUUGAUGUGCAAAGCAAUCCUAAAAGAAAUCAUGUUAAUAUUUUACUAAUUGGUUGAUUUCUGGAAUAGGCUUAAGGAUCUCUGUAAUAGCAUACACUUUGAAGACAUGAAAGAUAUUAAAUGACAGAUUGGAUGAUGUGCCAGAUGACUACAAGAAACAUAAUUAAUGUAAGAAAUUGAUUUCGAAUAUGUAAGAGAUUUAUUGUAUAAACAACCAGAGUCUUUGGACAUAGUAAUGUUGGGCCUAAUUCAAGUGGCCUUUAACAAAAAAGCUAUGUUUUUAUCUUCAUCUCCAUUUGUAUUUAAAAAAA